AUGAACUUCAUUUUCAGAAAUGUCUUUAGUAAACAACAUUUGUGCUCUAAUUUCAACUAUGCAGCUCUUAACUGCAUUCAAAGGGCCAGGGGCCCCCUGCCGUUGGUUACAUUAUCCCAGCCACGUCACCUCCAUGUCGGGGAGCGGGCCUCUCUCACCAAGGCCUUCAGCGCCAGGGAUGUGGCGGUCUUCGCCGAGCUCACCGGGGACGUAAACCCCAUUCACCUGGACCCGACCUAUGCCAAGACCACGUCAUUCGAGACGCCCAUCGUCCACGGCGUGCUGAUAAACGGACUGAUCUCGGCCAUUCUGGGGACCAAGAUGCCGGGGAGCGGCUGUAUCUUCCUGUACCAGGAAAUCAGGUUCCCGGCGCCUCUGUACAUCGGGGAGGAGGUUCUGGCUGAAGCCGAGGUGAAGAAGAUCAAGAUGUCCUUCGCCUUCAUCGCAGUGACCUGCUCCGUCAAAGAUAAAGUGGUCAUGGAGGGGGAGGUCAUGAUCAUGAUGCCAGAGGAUCAGCAACCAAGGGCGCGAUGAGGAUGAUGAUGAUGACAGUUGGAGGGAAUAUUGUAGCCUCAAAUCCAGUCCGUUUGUGCUAACAUUCCACCCCUUCUCUGUUUGGCAUAACAAGGAGUAGAAUGUUAGCACAAACAGACUGG